GAAGUGAAUGAAUGAUAAAACUUGAUCAUUUACGAAUAAAUAUUGAGCAGGAUGUUUGAGUGAUUGCUUUUUUUUGUCAACCAAUCGCCAUGAGCGAGUUUAAGCAACAUUAUUUAGUUGGUGAACUCCUCGAAUUACUCGGGUCAACAUCAUCUCCUGAGAAAUUUGUAGAAGAACUUCACAAGGGGACUAGUCGAUCUUCAGACCCUGCAUUGAGCAAUGUUGUUACUCAAAGCUGCAUUCGCCAACUUGCAAACAACUCACCAAAUUCAGAUCUGUUUUUAAUGAAAUAUGAGGAGCUCAAAUCUAAGAAAGUGUAUUUACUAGAACCUUUCAUGCAACUACUCAAUCUGGUAUCAGCAGACGAGAACCUAAAGAAUUGUUUGGCAAAAAAUGUAUCACAUACUACCGCUGGUAACACACAAAAUUUUACAAUUACUCGAGAGGAUGUUCCACAGAUCUGUAAAAACGUUAUUAAAGCCGCUGUCGAAGGAGAGAGAAAAUUAAAUAAGCAUAUCAGUAUGAGUGAUAAGCGCAUUGAUCCCCCACUUGUGUCUCAGAAUUGGAUUAUUGAUCGUCCUCGUUUUUCUUGGGAUUUUCCAAGUGACGUGCCCAUCACCCCUUGUCAAAAAGUAGUACCAACUGCAUCCCAGGAAACAAUACUGUUAUGGGACAUUUUGAGCUGUUUGAAGGGAAUCGAUGGUUCUUACAUCAUUUCUGAGCCCUUAGCAAACCCCUACGAUUUGAGAUCGUUUGUCAUUUCUCAAGAUGUGGGCACUUCAUUCAAACAACUAGCUCAACAGAUAUUGCCUCUGGCUUCGUAUUAUUCAAUGACUGUCAGAUUUGGAGAAGGAAAAGUUUUGCCAGAAGAUGGACAAGUCAAUCAUGCUUUAAGAGGAGGAUUGAAUUGUUUGCUGAAGGAUUAUUUGCUUUUCAUCGUGCAAUUGGAAGCUGAACAUAUUCGAGGGAAAUUAAAUUUACAAAAGUUAUGGUUUUAUAUUCAGCCAACUAUGGCUACAAUGUCCAUUCUCGCACACAUCACAUCGACAAUUUGCAAAGCUAGUGCUAAAGGUGGAAAAGUAUUGAGUCUGUUGUAUGAACAGAUGAACGAUGUCAGUGGAGAAGCUAAGUCAAAAGAAUUAUGUUUAUUCCUGAUAAGGGCUGCUAGCGUUCCAUACAUGCAGACUCUAGAAAAAUGGGUGUACAAGGGUGUUAUAAGCGAUCCAUACCAAGAGGUAAAAAUUUGGACGUUCCUCGUUGAAGAUAACGAAUUGAUACAACGUGAAGAGUUACCAGUGGAUUAUUCUGCCGAUUACUGGGAAAAGAGAUAUGCAGUUAGGCAUGAAAGAAUUCCAGUGUUUUUAAGUGAACAUGCCCAAACAAUUCUUAGGACUGGCAAAUAUUUAAAUGUCAUAAGGCAAUGUGGAAAGACAGUCCAGUGGGGAAGGCAAGAGCCACUGGAAUAUCAGUACAGAGGUCAAAAGUACAUAGCUGCCAUAGACAGAGCAUACUCUGAAGCUGCUCGAACGUUGUUGGAAGUACUCAUCCAUGAAAAUGAUCUAAUGGGACGACUCAGAAGCGUUAAGAAUUAUUUUCUAUUAGCUCAAGGAGACUUUGUGGUCCAAUUUAUGAAUUUAUGCGAAGGGGAACUUGUUAAGAACAUGUAUGAUAUUGUCAUUCAUCGGUUAGCUUCUCUCUUGGAAUUAGCUUUACGUAUGUCGACCGCAGAUUCUGAUCCUUAUAAAGAUGACUUGAAACCGGAACUUCUACCUCAUGAUUUGGAAUUUCAAAUGUUCCGUAUACUUUCCAUUCAGACACGUGGUGAAAAAGCGUUUUCUUCUCAAUUGGAUACAACCUUGACAGGGUUGGAAGCUUUUGUAUUCAAUUAUGACGUUAAAUGGCCCGUAUCUCUUAUUAUAAACAGGAAUGCAAUUAGCUGUUAUCAGAUGAUUUUCAGACAAUUAUUUUACUGUAAACAUAUCGAGCGACUUUUAUGCAGAGUUUGGAUUAGUAACAAAAUAGCAAAAACGUUUACUUGCGAAGCUGCAAUGGCAUAUCGCCAAGCAUUUUCUUUAAGACAACGUAUGCUGGACUGUAUACAGCACUUGGAAUAUUACAUGAUGGUCGAAGUAAUCGAACCGAACUGGUUGACAUUUCUCAAUAAAAUGAGCAAGGUCAGCAACGUGGAUGACGUUCUGAGCGUGCAUCAAGACUUACUGGAUAACUGUCUCAAAGAAUGUAUGUUGACAGACCCAGGUCUGUUGGGAUGUAUUACGAGUCUCUGCGCUGUGUGCAUUGAAUUCUGUCACUUUAUGCAGCAAAUGAGCCGCCACUAUAUCGAUGCCGAACUGACUUCUAUGAUUGGAACCCGUCAAGACGAAGUCGGUGAUUGUGAUUCUAAGAAUGAGGCCGAAUCCGUAACUGAAGGAAAAGAGGGGAGUUUUAAAGAGAGAAUCGCGCGACUGGACACCGGAUUUAUGGAGACACUUGUGCGUCUUCUUGAUAGAAUCCGUGACCUGGGACGUGAAAUCGACAAUGAAAAGUUGCUUAAUGUUUUGUGCCGAUUGGAUUUCAAUAUGUUUUACACGGAGACGUUGUCACGCCAGGGCACAUCUACGCGUCAACAAGAUAUUUCUGGUUGAUCAAUAUUCAAAGCUUGUGUAGUGUACAUAGGUCAUCCUACUUGGACCUAUUCUUUGCUGAAAAUGAUGAAAUUGUAUUCUUAAUUAAGAAAAGUUUCGCAUGAUCUGACAUGAUAUUAAUUUAAUGAUUUAAUCAUUUCCAUACAGUAUGACAGCAAAAUUGACUAACCAGCCAUGAUUAAAUUAUAGGCAUACAACUAAAUAAACAUUAAAGCAUUA